AGUUUCUGUAGGAAGGAUAGUAGUGAGAGGGAGAGAAAACAAGGAUUGCUUUGGAGUGGGAGAAAAGAAAUGUGAAGGAAAACGAGCACCGUACUGAAUGAAAGGUUUUAAUCAAACAGGUUUUGUGAUUCAGGCUGCUAUGUGUUUGCCCUCCAUUAUCUGAGAGAAGACGUCUUAAGUCUUGCCAGGAUAAAGAAAACACUUGUUACAUUUGGAAGGUGGUGGUGUGCAAUAGCAGUAAGGAUUUCCAGACAUUGAAACAGUGGGUGCUUUUUAAGGAACUUAAAGCUUCAGACAAACAUCUGUGAUUUUUUUUUUUUUCUUUCACUUCGAGCUGUGGACAGGAACUCUGGAAUCCUUUCACAAUGCCUGCAGAACUCAAACAGGAGCAGAGCCCCAGCAACCAGACAUCAUUGGCGAUGAUACAAGAGCCACCAGAGGUGGUGGAAGAAAUGGUCACUGUUGAGGAGGAGCCAGGUACUCCCACCUCCCAUGUGUCUGUGGUAAUGUCAGAGGAUGGUACCACUAGGAGAACAGAAACAAAGGUGACCAAAAUGGUAAAAACUGUGACUACUAGAACAGUGCGACAAGUCCCAUUGGGUCCAGAUGGUCUGCCUGUAUUGGAUGGGUCCUCCCCUUUAGGCAGCUACACAGAUUCUAUAGACAGAAGGUACUUGAAGAAUGGAGAACGCUUCAUUACUCCACAAGCCUCCUCUACCUUAACAAGGUCCUACAACAAUAACUAUGGGGAUUCCUACACAGAUGGCCAUGACAGUCAAUAUCGAUCAUACAUCACUCACGAUGGCUACUCAGACAUGUCUGACAAUUAUGGCAGCCUCUCCCGAGGAGUAAACUAUCGUCCUCGCUAUGUAUAUAUGCCAGGAAGUAACUACCGGUCGGAAGAUGGGAGCUUUACAUUGCCAAACAGACGGGAGAAUUAUGGUACUAUUGCUCAACCUCAGGUGCCUGUAGGUGGUAAUGUAGACUUAAAUCGAUCUCAGCCUGAGCGAUUUCAACCUGAGCCUUAUGGUUUAGAGGAUGAUAACCGUAGCCUUGGUGCAGAUGAUGAGGGUUAUGAGUUAGACCCAGAUUAUUCUACUACUGGUAGAAGGGUGCCAGCUAAUGCCGACAGACCAAGAGCCCCCAGAGUAAGAGGCUAUGAGGAUCCUAUAGAGACCGAUCUCAUUGAUGAACGGGUCCCCUACCUUCAUGGUGGUUAUGCAGCACCUUUAGCUCAACCUGAACCUGGCAGUAUGGCAAGCCUUGAACGCCUUGGCAGACGCUCCCCUUCCAUUGACAGUAUGCGCAAGGACCCUAGGUGGCGAGACCCAGACCUUACUGAGGUUAUUGCAAUGCUCAAUCAUCCAAUAGACCCAGUAAAGUCUAACGCAGCUGCCUACCUGCAGCACCUCUGUUAUGAGAAUGACAAAAUAAAGAAGGAAGUAAGGCUGCUGAAAGGGAUACCGAUUCUAGUAGGACUUUUGGACCAUCAGAAACCAGAGGUACAUCGAAAGGCCUGUGGUGCUCUUAGAAACAUCUCUUACGGAAAAGAUAAUGAAAACAAAGUGACCAUCAAAAACUGUGAUGGGAUCCCAGCUCUUAUCCGCUUACUGAGGAGAACAAAUGACAUGGAAGUUAGAGAACUUGUUACAGGCACUCUGUGGAAUCUGUCAUCGUAUGAACCCCUGAAGAUGGUAAUUAUCAAUCAUGGUCUCCAGACACUUACAAAUGAAGUAAUCAUUCCUCAUUCUGGAUGGGAGAGUGAACCUAAUGAAGACUCAAAGCCACGGGAUGCUGAAUGGACAACAGUCUUCAAGAAUACUUCGGGAUGUUUGAGGAAUGUAAGUUCAGAUGGAGCUGAAGCACGGCGACGGUUACGGGAAUGUGAUGGCCUAGUGGAUGCCCUCCUGCAUGCACUGCAGUCUGCUGUGGGCAAAAAGGACACUGAUAACAAGUCUGUAGAGAACUGUGUAUGCAUUAUGAGGAACCUUUCCUACCAUGUGCACAGGGAAGUCCCAGGGGCUGAAAAAUUCCAAGAACCAGCAGGACAUCAACAUGGUGGAAAUAGUGGGCCAAAGAAGAAGAAAGAUGAUGCCGGAUGCUUUGGUGGGAAGAAGGCUAAAGAGGAGUGGUUUAACCAAGGGAAGAAGAAUGGGGAUAUGAACAGAUCGAUUGACACUCUUGACCUGCCUAAACGUACAGAAUCUGUGAAAGGUUACGAACUGCUUUACCAGCCAGAUGUGGUACGGCUCUACCUUUCAAUUCUAACAGAGAGUCAGAACUUCAACACCCUUGAAGCUGCAGCAGGGGCCUUACAGAAUCUUAGUGCUGGCAACUGGAUGUGGUCUGCUUAUAUUCGUGCAACUGUACGAAAAGAGAAAGGAUUACCAGUGUUGGUUGAGCUACUACAGUCAGAUUCUGACAAGGUGGUACGAGCAGUGGCAAUUGCACUAAGGAACCUCUCCAUGGACCGACGGAACAAAGACCUCAUAGGUAACUAUGCCAUGAGUGAGCUGGUUCGAAAUUUGCCUGGUGGCCAGCAGAGACCUGCCAAAAACUUGGAAGAAGACACAGUGGUUGCAGUUCUAAACACCAUCCAUGAAAUUAUUACUGAGAGCUCAGAAAAUGCAAGGUCUCUUAUACAGACGCAGGGAAUUGAAAAGCUGGUAGCAAUAAACAAGACUAGCCAAUCACAGCGGGAAAUGAAGGCAGCAUCUCAUGUUCUUCAGACAGUGUGGAGCUACAAGGAAUUACGAAAUGCUUUGCAGAAAGAUGGCUGGAACAAAACUCACUUUCAGCCCACAGCAUCUACUCUUCCCAAAGGAUCUAAGGACAGCACAGGGAAAUCUGGUUACGAUGACAGCACUUUGCCUCUAAUGGACAAGAGCCAAGGUCAUAAAAAGUCAGGUUCCCGUGAUAUGAUCCCAAUGGAUGAACUAGGCCCAGAUGCUUAUUCAACCAUUGACCAGCGAGAAAGAGAGCGCAGGUAUAAGGCUGGGGAUGCCUCUGAGAGAGAGCCUUUAAAGAAUCACACAAAUAAGAAAACAACUAACAGGAGUAACAUGGCUUCAGUAAAUCUGGUGGAUGCCCGUGACACUCAGCCACAGCCUGUUGACUCCUGGGUCUGAUUUGCAUGCCUGACCUAAACCCAUGAUAUUUUCUACAGAACAGAUGUUACAACCUCAUAUGUCACCACUGCCAUUCAGUUUUUGAAGACAAUAUACCAUUUUGAUUGACAAUGGAGUCAGUCAGACAUGGAUUUUCUUAUCUUUUAACCAAACCAGCUUUCUGCACUACAUUCCCACCAAACAUAGCAAAACACACAUUAAUACAAUCAACUUCCCCAAACAGCUUUUUUUUAUUUUACCUGCAUGGUCAGCUUUUACUACAAGAGUGAGGUUUUACACAGAAUGUUAAAGUAUGAAAACAGAAGGUCUUGCGGUGGAGAAACUUUGACAUGGAAGUCAAUUUUCUAAAAACAAAAAUGGAAAGAGAAGUGCAGCUUAUUUUGCAUUAGAGAACAGUCUGUUUUAAGUUGUGCUAGCACUUUGAUUUUGUUUUUUGAACUGUGAAAGCCGAAGCAUAUCGGAAGGACUGUUUUUCUUUAAUGAAAAGUAAGUACAAGGAAUGUUGCACUGCUGGAAUUAAGAAAGGAAGACUUUUUUAUGAACAAAGUGUAACAAAGUGAAGAUUUGCAGGCUGUAGAGGCCACCAUACAAGACUUGUUGUGUACAUUAUUCUGGUCUCGUUGAUACUUGCCAUACACUGCUCUCGUUAUCCUCUCAAACCCUGAACUGCUGUGUGCAGCAAGCGCAAAUAGAUGCAUUUGUAUGUGCUUAUGACUCUUGUACACCUACUGGAAUUUUCAUUGUUUAAAUCUCUGCUCAUUGUUAGCCAAGCUGAGCAGGGUGGUGGACGCUAAUGUUGGUUUGUUGUAAACACCUCCAGAACUGUUUGGCCCAGUACUGUACCCUUUGUUUCAUCUGGUAUGCCUGAGUAGAGAAGGCUGCUGAUCUUUUAGAGUCCGAACCCAUUUCUUUGACAUCUGCUAACAUAAUCUGGUUAUAAAUGAUAAAAAAAAACUCAUUGCCCUUUUGGAUUUGUAUGUAACUACUAGGUGAUGUUCAGAAACAUCAUCUUUGGAAUUCAUCUAUUUGUGCCAACUUUGAUUUUCUUUGGUCAUCGUGGCAUAGCUUCCUGAACUCAUAUCUGAUGAUCAUGCCAGUAACAUCAAAGACUUGCUUAAACUGGGGCUCCUUUUUGUUGGCUUCUUUGAUUUUUUUGCACACUUUCUAGGAAACCGACAGAAAUAUAUUUUGUAUAAAACAUUUUCUCUGCAUACACCUAGUACAACUUUUGCUUUUCUUUCCUGGCUUUCCACUUUGUAAAGUGAACAAACGUUUUACACAUUUUAAACAAUUUUAUGAAUUUGUUACUUACUGAAACACAGAUUAUUUUCCAAGGUUUCAGUAAGUAUUCACUGUUAAAAAAAAAACUUAGGAUUCCAGUCAGCAUGCCUAGGAAAGCAUGUACUUUAAAUAAAUAAGGCUGGAUGUGUCAAGAAGUUAUUCUCUGUAUCAACCAAAAUCUGAUGACAAAAAUGUCCAUUUUCAAGAAGGCCUGAAGUGUUUCAUUGUAUUUUGUACAUAGUAUAACUUGUCUAAGAAAGGAUUGUCUUUUAUCCAAAAUAUGAGAGCUUGUUCUGACAGAUGUGUGUAUAUAAAUAUAUGUAUAUUGUUUAAGAAAUAACAGUUGCCAAUAUUAUAAUUAGUUUAAAGAAGCAAAGAGUAUUUUUAAUUAUUAAGAGGUGGACAGACAGACUCCAGAAGACGACCUGCUGACUAAGUAUCCAGAACUGUGAAGUAUUGAUCCACAAUAAGAAAAAAAGUCACUGUUGCUUAUCAUUUUUAUGUUUACUCUUGCCUUUCUCAUUUCUGGGUGUUUGUGCUGUUUACUUUCUGAAUUAUAAAAGUAGACAUAAUGUGGGGAGGAUCAACCCUUAGUUAUCUAGGAAGAGCUGUAUGUUUUUUUACCCUUAUUGUAUUUACCAUUCAGUUGGAUGAAUACUAGACUUAGUGCUCACUGUCUGUCACACACACACACACACACACACACACACACACACACACACAAAAAACAAUUGAAUUAUGAAGAAAGUAUUGUGCAGCCUAGGGACAAUGUUUUUUUAAAGGACUGAUAGCUAGGUCUUAGAUGAGUGAAGGAUUUUCCAUGAUGGGGAGAUUAUGAAAUUAUACCUGUAGUAGACAAAAGGGACAUUCAUUGACAGUGGUGAUAAGCCAGCCAGGUUCUCUCUUUUUCAUUUGCUUGUACAGUGGCUUCAGUAGUAGUUUUUUGGUUAGUGCUGUGUUUGGGGGGGGGGGUCUGUAGCAUAUUUGUCUGGGUAGAAAAUGGACAUACUGAGUAGACCGAGACGUCUGUAUGUGCUGCUAAAUAUUUUUCUCUGCUCCUAUCUGUUGUACAGCUUGCUACAGAACAGCUAACUUCCACAGUACACUUCAUUAUGAUUUUUGGUAAGGGCCGGUGGCUUAGUUUGUGUAGUUUAGAGAAGUUUUGGUGUCAUGUGGUAGAAAAUUUAUGAACAAAAUCUUAAUGUUUUUAUUAAGGUGUUGAUAAGACAGUCAUCCUUCAUUAGGCUGACUAUGUCUCUGUACUGAACUGCAGGGUUUCUUUUUGCAGCAUGGAAACAUAUUGUUUCAGAUUCCUUUCCCACAUUCAAAUAAGGUGAGAUUCUUGGUAUCUAAAUUUAAGUGCGUCAGUCUGUCAUCAGGUUGUUACUAAAUUAAUUCUGAACAUUUUUAAAGAAAGACAUUAAAUAAAUAUACUAUCAAAGUUGGUCUUGAGGAUUGGUUAUACAGAACUCUCAACUGUCCCUGUUUUGGAGGAACAUUCCUGUUUUCAGGCCUGGUUUACUCCUGCAUGUGAUGCACCUAUUUUUGGAGGUAUAUUCUUAAUUUCAGGCAUACCUCUCAAUCACUUAGGGCAAGAAAUAUGGAUAAAGCCUAAAAUAAUGGGGGAACAAAGGCCCAAAAACAGUGACAGAUUGUAAGUAUUGCUGUUAUAAAUGUAAUAGAUUGGUUUUGUAUUAGUAAGCAUUUUUGAAGAUUAUAAAGUCGGAAAAUCAAAUGUGUGUCAUUAUUAAGUGACUUCAGUCCUCAGUGAUUUGCCAGAAAACUACCAAUUUUAUGCGGAGCAGACCAAAAAUACGAGGCAAAAUUCUGGAUAGACAGUUGCGAGGUAUUUCAGACUUGAUUUACUAUACAAUUUUCUGAAUCUUCCUCAUUACACAUGGUUUUUAAAUCUGUCUAGUACAGAGAAAACAAGUCUUACAUGACCAACAUACUAACAUCACCAAUAAUCAAAAAAAAAAAAAAAAAAAAAAAGAAAGAG